CGUGUCUUCUCCCUCCCUCGUCCGCCUCUCCAUCCUCGGCCAGAGGCACUUCUCUUGGCCGCCCGGCGCCUCGCUCCGCAGCCAGGAUGGUGAUCAAAGUCUACAUCGCGUCCUCCUCGGGCUCCACGGCGAUCAAAAAGCAGCAGCAAGAUGUGCUUGGCUUUUUGGAAGCCAACAAGAUUGAGUUUGAGGAGAAGGACAUAGCGGCCAAUGAAGAGAACCGCAAGUGGAUGCGAGAGAACGUCCCCGAAGAGAGCCGUCCCACCAGUGGGAAUCCGUUGCCCCCGCGGAUCUUUAAUGACAGCCGGUACCUUGGGGAUUAUGAAGCUUUCUUUGAAGCUAGAGAGAAUAACGCAGUAUAUGCUUUUCUAGGAUUGACCCCUCCACCUGGUUCAAAGGAGGCAGAAGCUCUGGCCAAGCAAGAAGCAUGAAUUUGCUUUUUCCACACCCAAAGCCUUAAUGUUUCUGCAAAGGAAAACUUCUGCAGCUCUUUUCUGUAAUAGCAAAAUUGUAUAUGCUUCAAGGGAGGGAGGGGGUAAAGGGUUUGUUGUUUUUCCUAAAACGCUGAUUGUGGCACACCGCCUUCUGCCGUCCAUGAAUACAAGACGGAGCGCCAAGCGAAACAUGCCAAGAGGACCACAAAUGUCAUGAAAUGAAGCAUUCAGAAAUUGUUAUUUCUCCUCACCCACAUGGUGUAAACUGUUUUGGCAGUUGUAGAGGGUUUUUUUGUUUGUUUGUUUGCAUACUUUUAAAAAACAUGUAUAUUUUACUCUCAUCAGAUCCACUGUUUAUGCAAAGGAACCAUAAUUCAUAAAUCCCAGUGCCUCAAAAACAUUACUGAAAAAAGAGCAAAAAAAUAACCAUACUUGAUGUCUUUUUUCUUUUUGUACAAUGUGGAUUUUAAAAAAGCUAGGAUGCGGUGUAAUAGAUAGAUAACCAUUUAUUGUGA